UAUUUCACUUCAAGGGUAUAAAGAACGAGUUGGGAGCAGGGUUUCUACUCUCUGUAGUCUUUACUUUCUCACUCUCCAUUUCUUCCUCUCUAGGGUUUUCUACUCUAUCUCUCUCAGAUUCGAAUAUGAGCCGACACCCUGAAGUAAAGUGGGCUGAAAGGGAGGACAAGAUCUAUCUCACAGUGCUUCUGGCAGAUGCGAAAGACCCUAAGGUCAAUGUUGACCCUGAUGGUACAUUUACAUUUUCUGCUGCUGCUGGGACUGAUAGUAACCUCUAUGAACUCAAGUUGGAGCUACUCGAUAAGAUCAAUGCAGAGGAGUGCAAGAUAAACAUAGGUGUGCGUAGCAUCGUCUGUGUAUUGGAGAAAGCUGAGAAGAAAUGGUGGACAAAGUUGUUGCGUGGAAAUGAGAAGACACCUCACUAUGUGAAAGUAGAUUGGGAUAAAUGGGUAGAUGAAGAUGAUGAUGCUGCUGGUGCACCAUCAGACUUAGAUGUAGGUGGUAUGGACUUCUCGAAAUUUGGUGAUAUGGGUGGCAUGGGCGGCAUGGGUGGUAUGGAUAUGAGCGCCUUGGCUGGAAUGGGAGGCAUGGGUGGAAUGGGUGGCAUGGGUGGAAUGGGAGGCAUGGGUGGAAUGGGUGGCAUGGAUAUGAGCGCCUUGGGUGGAAUGAGUGGCAUGGGUGGAAUGGGAGGCUUCGGAGAUGAUGCUAUGGGAAAUGACUUCGAAGACAGUGACGAUGAAGAGGUGAAGAAACCAGAGGGGGAGGUUGUUCAUAAGGCAGAACCAGAAUCAUCGAAGGAUAAAGCAGAGCCCUUGCCGAGCUCAUGAAUGAGGAUGUGAUACAGACUGCAUGUUUUCUGCUUUGGUUUUCAACUUUUUAACAUUCUGCUUCGGUUUUCAACUUUUAUUUAAUGAUUUGUUGCGUAGGUGUGCUUUCUGUGAGAGUGAUGGCUUCUUUGCCAGAAUUUUUAUACUACUUCUGAACUAAUUUAUUUUAUUGUACUCUCUGGGCAGAGCAAUAUUUCCAUCCAA